AAUUUUGUGGUUGUGCCAUAAACCUUAAGCUCAGUUUCGAAGCUGAAGAAAGGAAAGCACAACACACUUCUGCCUUCUAAUUGAGUGCUGAGUGAAUUGCAUUAAUCGCUACAGUCAUGCUGACCUGUGAAAUCUGUGGUGAGGGCAUCAUGUUGGAGGAAGACAUGAAGACUCAUCUCCUUCUCAGACACCUGGAAAAUGACAUGCACUGCCCGCUGUGUUCCCUGUCUGGAGUGUCCUACGAUGAACUCUCCUUCCACAUCAGCUCUGCACACCCAGAAAACCAGCACAGAGCACAGGUUCCAGCUCACUCCACAUCCAGCUUAGGCUGCUCUACUGGAACAAUCACUGGUGUAACUGAUUGUGAUAAACCUCAAACAUCUCAGUCCUGCUUGACUGGUGAUAGCUGUGGUGCAGCUGGUGAAGCAAUAUCCUAUGGUGCCUCUAGUGUCACCACAGACUCGGUGCAACCUGAACAGAAUCAUGGUUUAAUGUUCGCAUCAGAUAGAAGAGAUUUAACACAUGUGGAGACUAUACCAAUUACUUCAACAACAUUAAGCUCUAACAUAAAACAGGAGUGUGCCAGGAACUGUAGUGAGGAUGCUGGUGGAAGUAAAUCAGAGCACAAUAAAGCCAAACAGAAGCGGUUGUCCUCUCCAGGAAAAGAGAAACUAUUCUCCUGCCCCAUGUGUGCACUGGUCUGCAGCAGCUGUUUCAUCCUGCAGGAGCAUGUCGAGUUGCAUCUGCAGGAGCAGCACUCAGCUGAAGGUUCAGCACUGGAGGUGUUUUCAUCAGCCAUGACAUCACCAUCAGCCAGCAGUCUCUCAGGAGAGAAGAGAUUUCAGUGCCCUUUGUGCUCUGUCAUCUGCAGCAACAGUUUCUCUCUGCAGGAACAUGUGGAACUGCAUUUAGACCCUGGAGCAGGGAGCCCUGGCUCAGACCUGAAGCUGGCCAGAAAGCUUCAGCAGGAGGAGGAGCAGAGGAGGAGAGAAGAUGAGGCCCAGAAGGAGAGAGAGGAGUUUAAGAAGCUGCAGAGGCAGUUUGGUCUGGACGGCAGCGGGGGCUACCGCAGGCAGAUGGAGAGGACCAUGGAGAGGGAUGUGGCCAGAGGUCUUAUGGCCCCCACAGAAUUUCACUGUAAGAGGGCCGAGAUGAUGGAGUCUCUAGCCUCCGGGGUUGAUGAUGGCAGAACCAGAACUCAGGGUUUGGUGAGAGCCUUGUAUGAAUACUACCAGACUGAAUGCAGAGACUGUGUGCACGUGUGGCUGAGUGCUGACACCGACCACUUCUGCUCCUCAGCAGGGGACAAAGGCUGGGGCUGUGGAUACAGAAACUUCCAGAUGCUGCUUUCCUCUCUACACAGAAUAGAUACAUAUGCCCCCUUCCUACAAGAGAAAGCGGUUCCUAGUAUCCCACGGGUGCAGAGUAUGAUCGAGGAGGCAUGGAAAGGAGGCCUUGAUCCACAAGGUGCAUCCCACUUCAACCAGCGGCUGCAGGGAACACGAGCCUGGAUCGGAGCCACAGAGAUCUAUGCUCUCCUCACCUCUCUAGGAAUCAGUGCCCGCAUUAUUGACUUCCACCAGCCAACAGGCCCAGGAGACACCCAUCCCCAGUUGUUUGACUGGAUGAAGCAGUACUUCUGUCAGUCCAGCAGGAGCAGCAGACUGCCCCCCAGACUCAUCCAGACCUCCCUGCCUCCACUUUACCUGCAGCACCAAGGUCACAGCCGCACUGUAGUGGGUUUGGAGCAGAAGAAGAAUGGGAGCCUGUGCCUCCUGCUUUUGGAUCCUGGUUCCUCAUCAUCAGACACCAGGAAGCUGCUGAGCAGAGACACCGCCUCCACAGCCAUCCGCCACAUCAGGAAGUUCCCUGGCAGCCUUAGGCACAAACAGUACCAAGUGGUGGCAGUGCAGGGCUUGUUGUCCACUGAAGAGAAACAGAUUAGAAUCUUCAACUCCAGGACAUUAUGUGCUGAAAGGAUCCCAUGAACAAAAACACGCAUCACACGAUUACUCAUUUGCUAACACUUUUUAUAAUUUACAUUUUUUUUUAAUUUUAAACCUUUGAUAAACUUUAAAUAAACUAUGUGUUCUCUA